AUGAAAGUGAAUGUGGAAUUUGCGCCGUUGCUGCUCCUUUUCUUCAGUCUUUCUCUGUGUGAAAUGGCAUAUAUUUCCGAAGAGGAUGAUUUAGACUUGGAAAGACAGGUCAGGACUAUGAACAAGCCAUCCAUCAAGACCUUUUUGACUAAAGAAGGAGACACAAUUGACUGUGUUGAUAUAAAUAAACAACCGGCACUCGAUCAUCCUCUACUGAAGGAUCACAAGGUUCAGGUGGUAUCUCUAAGGGACAACAUGAUAGAAAAUAUUAAAUAUGGAGGAGGUGGAGAUGUGACAGUCUACAAUCUAACGGUUGCUCAUGAUCAAUUCAGUGCACAUAAUAUGUGGAUUGAAACUGGUCCCCCAGAGCAUGUUAGCAUGAUCGCAUUUGGUUGGAUGGUGGAUAGGGGAAUAAUUAUUGGUAAUCCAGUAGGUCCUACUUCAACUUAUGGUGGAAGUCAAUAUGAGAUUGUAAUCCAUAUCCAGCAGGAUAAAAUUACUGGGAAUUGGUGGUUGCUUUUAACCUAUAAAGCAAUUAAAGUAGGCUACUGGCCAAAGGAACUAUUCCGGUACUUGCGCAACGGCUCACUACACACAGCUUGGGGAGGAAUUGGCAUGGCUGGAAGCAAUGGAUUCUGUCCACCGAUGGGAAGUGGCCACAGGCCUGACGGUACAAUCGACCAUGCUACCGUCUUUCGACAACUCCAUUGGGUUCGAUCGGAUGGCAAAUCCCUACCUCCGGAUAAGACGACGACGUGGGUGGACAGAUCCAAUGUUUAUGAUUUGAUGAACCAUCGCCGUACUAUACUUUAUUCUGGCUACAUGAUUAGCUUUGGAGGUCCAGGAGGUUAUUGCAAGGUAUAG